UCGUGCAUCGAUCCUCCGUCGAAUCAUUCCAUCGUCGUUGGAGUCGCCGCGCGUUGUCGAUGCCGACGAGUGCGGGCGGUGCGUCGUUCGAGCGUCGAUUCGCGCACGCACGUGCGUUCCUCGCGAGUGAACGCGUGCCGCUGCCGUCGACGGGCGGCGUUUCCGCGCGCGGGAACGAUCGCCAUCUCCACGGGCGCCGUCCUCUUGGAUGAGUGGCGUGAGACGGUGCAGACGACUGAGGCGACUCGGGGCUCGGACGAGAAGCGCACCUUCCUAUCGCCGCGGCGCGGCCGAGGAGGCGACACGUCCACUUCAAGAUAUUCGGCAAGAUUGAAGGAUGGUUAGACUGAGCGCGAAUAUUCAUCCGUAUUUGACGGAGAUAGUGACGGAGGAUUUACGACGGAGAAAUGUGAAAUCAACCGUGGAUUUCAUCGCGAUGGAUCCGAUUAAAUUGGCGAGUUUCACCGGUCUGACGCAUACGGAUAUAUUGCAAAUAAAACAACAUAUAUUGAAGAAAUUUAAUGGUAUAAAGAGGAAUGCAAUGCAGCUGUUUGUGAUGAAACGUAGUCACAUAAUUCCAACUAACAUAACGUGUUUGGACGAGUUGCUAAAAGGUGGUUUGUAUCUUGGACAAUUAUGUGAGUUAUGUGGACCCUCAUCUUGUGGGAAAACUCAGUUAUGUUUGACAAUAGCAGCUAAUGUCGCCAACCGAUCAGAUGCCGUUGUGUGGUACUUCGACACAAAGAAAGAUUUUUCCAGAUUGCGUUACGAGGAGAUUAUGAGAGCAAGGAAUUUCACGUCAAAGGUCAUAGAAGAUGCAUUAAAGUGUACAAAAGUUUGUCAAGUGCGUUCUCCUCAUGAAUUAAUACAAGCACUACGACAACUACUAACUCUUUGUAAAACAGAGCAAAAUGAUGCGCCUCUCGAAGGAAGAAAAUUCUAUCUUAUAAUUAUCGAUUCGUUACCAGCAGUUAUCUUUAAGGUAACGCGAAACGCGCAACAAGAUUUAGAGACAACUUAUGAGCUCGAUGAUUUGGCCGAGAUAUGUCGAUUUUUCACAAGAGAAUGCCAAGCAGUCGUGAUUACUGUGAACUUAAUCACUCGAUGGAAUUCUCCUGAGCAAACAAAUUCUGCUGACAUAACUCCGGCGUUGGGAAAAUAUUGGAUGAGAGUACCAGCCACGAGAUUACUGAUAACAAGACUGUAUGGCGAAAUUCGGAGGAUUAAAGUUUGGAAAGAUUUAAGAUUAAAUGAGAAUUCAUUUUGUACUGUAACUGUGAACGACGUCGGCGUCACAUCACAAUAAUUAAUACGCGAUAAAUCACAAUAUAUACCCAUUGUUAGAUGUUUUAUCAUGAAAUCUUAUUUGUUAAAUUGCUAAUUAUAUUCAAAACAUUUUUUUCAGUUAAUUCUUAAAAUAAAUAUUUUUUUUAUAUAUUUUAUGUCUUUUUAUACAUAUCUAAAUGUUAAUUAAAGACUUAUGAAUUUACAUCUAAACAAU